UGAGCGUCCACAUCUGUCGGCAUGAUCUUCCUCACGGUAAUCGCUCGGCUGGCGGACGGUCUGCCGCUGGCUGCGUCCAUCCAGGAAGAUGAACAGUUAGGAAGAGACCUCCAGCAUUACCAGAGUCAGGCCAAGCAGCUACUCCGAAAACUCGACGCUCAGAGCCCAGACCGCUGCAUGCUGGAGGCUGGGAACGUGAACUUCUGUUACUUCAUAUCCCAGGGUGUUUGCUGCCUGUGUCUCUGUGAUGCCUCUUUCCCUAAAAAGAUGGCUUUUGGGUACCUAGAGGACCUCCACAAUGAAUUCUGUGAGCAGUACGGAAAGAGAGUCCCCACGGUGACAAGGCCAUACUCCUUCAUAGAGUUUGAUACGUAUAUCCAGAAAACAAAGAAGUCAUACAUUGACAGCAGGGCUCGGAGGAACCUGAGCAGCGUCAGCACGGAGCUGCAGGACGUCCAGAGAAUCAUGGUGGCAAAUAUCGAGGAAGUCCUGCAGAGAGGAGAAGCUCUUUCCGCUUUGGACACCAAGGCCAGCAACCUGCGCAGCCAGGCCGAGAAGUACCGCAGCGACGCCAGAUUCCUCAACACUCGCUCCACCUACGCUAAAGUCGCUGCCGUGGUUUUGGUCUUCGUCACGGUGAUCAUCUAUGUGCGCUUUUGGUGGCUUUGAUGAUUAAACAAAGACUCUGAAAAGGGGGGAAAGUUUCCCCUCUCUCUGUGGUGAAGGAAGACCUUUCUUCUCUGCUGUAGCUUUAGGUUUUGUAUUCUGUGAAACCAGAGCUGUCAGUGUUUAGUUGGACUUUUCUUUUGUACGGAGACAAAUGUUCUACAGUGGGCCGUUGUGGUUGUUUACACAGGCAGAUGUUUGCACAAUGGAGGUGGAGCUUCUCUGAGUUACACGACAGAAGAAGAAGAAGCAGAUUCCAGAUAAUAUGUUGACACUGUGAGGAAAACACUCUGGUUUAUUUAUAUUGUUUUAAAAAAUUAAAAGAUUUAGCAAACUAUCAUGUAUGGUGACAUCAUGAGCAGUCUCUCUGGGUUUAACUGUUUAUCGUAAAAAGCAGGUAUAUUCUAAAGCAGUAAAAAAACAAAAAAAAAACAA